GAGAGGGACCUGAUUGCAGGCAAGAUGGUGCCUAAACAUUUUUAUUUCAGCACGAAGUUUGCUUUUUCCAGUCUGUUAAACAUUUCUAAAAUAUAACUUUACACGUUUUAUUCUUUAAACUGUGCAGAAUCUGUUCCAUCUGUACCAUGUAUAUUUCUGAUGUUGUAAAUUGGUUUAGAAAUACGUUGAUUAUUUUCUCUUAAAUGCAAAACUUGUUCCUAAAAUUGUAACUAGAUUUGAUCUUUUUACUUAUUGGUACAAAAAAGAUUCAUUACCAAAACAAUAUUAUCUAAACUUUUUUCUCUGGCAAACUACCUUAAAAUUUUAAGUAAAAAAACAAAACAUCUUAGUCUUUUGGUUCUGUUUUAAAAAUGUCAUCAAAAUCUUUUCUUUUUUCCUCCCACACCUGGCUAUUUAAGAUAAUUGUGGAGUGUCACUGGCAGUCUUAGAAGCUUCCUGUCAGUGGUAUAUUUGAACCUUUCAAUGAAUCACGGUAGUAAUCACUUUUUAUAAUUUCAGUCAGCAGUUGGUAAGUGUAGUAAGUUCCCGCAGCUGAUCUCACCUGUCCUCACUUAAUGAUUGGAGCAUGACCAGAUGAUGUCAGCGGGUCAUUCCUGUCGGGUUGAGUAACUGUGUCCGCGCCCGGCCUCUCUGGAGUGUGAAUGUUUUUAGCAGCGCAGCAUGUGAGAGACGGAUUGAAGUAUCUGUAUAACCUCACUGCUAACUGAUUUGCUGUGUUCAAAACAAGCGUCUGGACUAUAGCUGUGUGUGUAUUUGUGUGUGCUGUAUAAGGAGGGCUUUAUAUAGCCACGGUUAUCCAGGAAGGAGGAAUACCCGGGAUGCCAGUGACCAUAUUUGAACGCUCCUCUGACUACAAUCUUAUACAUACUCUCUGAGCGCUCCAUCUUUUCCUCUGUGUGUGUGUACCAUCAGAAUGCAGUUACACUGGACCACCACUGUUAGGCAAUAUAACACCUUGUCUGCAGGGACAGUUGAGAUUUUCUGACUCACAGGAGAAAACUUCUCUCUCCCUUUCCAGCACUUUCUGGUUUCUUCUCCUUGACAGUUCGCUCAGCUGACUGACAACAUCCGCUCUGACCCCUCGCUGAGUCAGGUCCACUCUGCCUCGGUGGAGAUCUGUGGCUCGGUUUCAGUUGUAGACGGAGGGUGUCUCUGGUUCUUGCCUCUGUAGGGGUUGCUUGUGUGCAUGUGUGUGUUCGAGUGGAUGUGAGUCAGUAUGCCAUGUCGUCCCCUGGCUCGUCGUUUGUACAGAUAAAACAUGAGGACUUGCUUUUCUAUGAGAACUGUGGAGGAGGCAGCUUUGGGAGCGUCUACAGAGCCCUCUGGGUUUCCCAAGAUAAAGAAGUGGCGGUAAAGAAGCUUUUGAAGAUCGACAAAGAGGCUGAAAUUCUCAGCGUACUCAGUCAUAAGAACAUCAUUCAGUUUUAUGGAGCCGUGUUGGAAUCUCCCAAUUAUGGCAUCGUCACAGAGUUUGCGAGUGGAGGGUCUCUGUACGAGUACCUUUCCAGUGAGCACAGUGAGGAGAUGGACAUGGAGCAGAUCAUGACUUGGGCCAUACAGAUAGCUAAAGGAAUGCAUUACCUUCAUGCUGAAGCUCCAGUCAAAGUGAUUCACAGAGAUCUGAAAUCACGAAACGUGGUAAUUACAGCAGACAAGGUGCUAAAGAUUUGUGACUUUGGGGCUUCUAAGUUCCUGUCUCACACCACCCAUAUGACAGUAGUGGGCACGUUUCCCUGGAUGGCCCCGGAGGUCAUUCAGAGCUUACCGGUGUCAGAAACCUGCGACACCUACUCCUACGGUGUGGUGCUGUGGGAGAUGCUGACUCGGGAGGUUCCUUUCAAAGGUUUUGAGGGCCUGCAGGUGGCGUGGCUGGUGGUGGAAAAACAAGAGAGACUAACCAUCCCCUCCAGCUGCCCGGCAAGUUUUGCAGAGCUCAUGAAGAAAUGCUGGCAAGCAGACCCAAAGGAACGCCCACCGUUCAAGCAGGUGCUGGUAACCUUAGAGACGAUGGCAAACGACAGCCGGCUACCAGAUCAGUGCAACUCUUUUCUGCACAACAAGGAUCAGUGGAGGUGUGAAAUCGAGUCGACCUUGGAGCGCCUCCGAAAGUUAGAGAGGGAGCUUUACUCCAAGGAGAAGGAGCUGGAGGAGAGGGAGAGGAGGCUCAAACUUUGGGAAGAGCGGCUGAUGGAGAGGUCCAAUAUGACCCCCAGUCCCACCCCUCUGCUCAUGGACCGCUCCAGCAUCACACCUUUCUUCACGCCAAUGUCCAUCGGUUCCUCGGGCCCCUUCUUCCGCUCUCACUCUCAGGACUCCAAUGGCACCGGGGUCAGCAGCGCCGGGGUCAGCAGCGCCGGGGUCAGCAGCCUCUUCCGCACUCUCAGCAACGGAGACACGGAGAGGAGCAGCAGUGCCAUGCUGGAGAGGGGGCGGAGCUCGCUGGACAGCGGCAGGCUGCACCUCAUGCUCCGAGGUCUGCAGGGGAGGUUUGGAGGGGAGGACGAGGAGAAGGAAGGAACCGUGGAGGAAAAAACCUGGGUGCAAAGAGAACGAAAGAACAGCGGGAGCCUAGAGGGAGGAGGAAGGGUUCAGGUGACGCUCAGGAGCUUCCCUGGGGGGGUAGUGGAGACGGAGAAGAGGACGUGGGAGGAGGGGGAUGGAGACAGAGGGGGGAUGCAGAGGAGCAGAGUGACCACUAUAGUCCGAGGGUUCUCUGGAGGAUUUGGGGAGGCAGACCAAGAAAAUGAGAAGGAGGCGGGGUGGGAGAUGGAGAAACUUGGUGACAAGUUAGAUGAGAGAAGCCUUGAGGGAGGGAGGCUGCCAACCAUGUUUAAGGGUCUCCAGGGGAGUUUGGGAGACAUGCUGUCCCUGGAUAUGGAUGACAUGGGGGACAUGGAGAGGCUGGGUGACAUGGACAUGAACAUGGGGGACCUGAGCGCGAUGAAGGUGGUAGGUCACGGCGUAAGGAGCGAGCUGGGGGUCAGGGAGAGCAGGAGUGACGUGGGAGUGAUGGUCCAGGGAGUCAGAGGCGACCUCAGCGAAGCCAUUAGCCAAAAGAUAAGAGGGGAGGUGGGUGUUAUCGGGCACUCAGGAAUGCAAGUGAGCAUGCGGGCGUCCUCCAAUCAGAACUCUGUGAAGAGCUGCAGCAUGCGACAUGGAACCAAGAUCAACAUGGCCGCCGCGGCGCUGGACAUGAUGGAGCUCGACUGGUCUGACAGUGACUAGAGGGAAACUAGCAAAAAGGCAAAACACUCAAAAAGAGGCCAAACUAUAUCUUUUCAGUUCAAAAACAAUUUUUUGUCAUGUUUUUAAUUACAUUUUACACUCCUGUGUACUGUGAAAAAGCAAAAAACAUUCUCCAAUAAACACCCCCAGCUCCACAGAUCUGUAAAACAUUCAGAAAACCAGCAAUUCCGACCCUGAUUAUUUCUCAUCUCCUGUCAUAUGGAAGAGCCGAACACCCCGCUCAGCAGAGCAGAAGCUGCCGUGAGUAAUCAGUAAGUGUGCUCACACCCGACAUGUCCUGCCAUGCUUGUCCUUUGAGGAAAAACAGCACUAGAAAACAUGCACAGCCGACCAAAACUGGUCCUAUAUGUUAGAUUCCAUGAUUGUUCCUCGUGUUUUGGGGUUCUACUUUGUAGAAUUGGGUCAAAGUGAAGGAAGGAGCAGGAGACGUCAGGGAUGACUGCAACAUCAUAUGUGAGCAGUUUUGGUCCAACCAGGAAGUUCAGCUGGAAUGUUAGAUUCAUCAAGAUCACAAAUGUAGCUAAAAAUAACCCACAAAGAUUUCCUGUUUACUCCAUCCUAUUUAUGUCAGCAUGCAGUUCUCCUUCUGAACUCAGGAGUUCAUGCUUGAAACCUUAAUGCAUAACUCUACAAUUUACAGUGACAGAGAAAAGAAAUCCAUAAGAAAUCUAUCACUUGUAGUGAGUUUGGUACUCUACUGUAAUAUAUUUAAACUUUGAAGAGACAGGGAUUUUUUUUUUCUUUUAAGAUGUGACUUUUGCGGAGUGUUUUCAUGACUUUUAUAAACUUUUUAGGUGACCAGUGAUGAUGAUGCUCACACCUUCACUUUUUUUUUUUUUUUUUUUGAGAAAGUGUCUAAAAGAAGCUCAAAUUUUAUUUUCCUGUGUAAAUUUAAGUGACUGAAUAAAUUGACUAUCCAAAAAGGUACAAAAGUAAAUGCAGCGAUAACGAGGCAGCACUACUGUUUUUAUUUUGCUUAUUAUCUUGUUUGUUGAUUUAAUCUGUUCAAACAUGCUUAGACUUUAUCUAUUGUAUGAUCUUCUAGUGUGUGUAUUUUUUUUGGCAUUUUCUGUAAUAUUUGAUCAGUUUUUCAAUAAAAAAGAGCAGUCUGAUUGCA